UCGAGAGCUGCGCUUGUGGGCAGUCCGAGCUGCUGCGGCUGCGAGCCCCAACUUACAUGGUUCACUCUGUGAAAUAAUGGCGUGCUUUAGCUGGGAUCGUGCUCUCUCACUUCGGAGGGCGUCAUUUAAGUCAAGUCUAGAUGGAUAAUAUAUGAUCCAUUUCGCAAAAACGAUGAGGCCUAACAGAGGAAAGGCUAAGGAACUGACAAGUCGGACUUGAGGAAUAGAGCACAAGCAGGAAUGGCCUCCCAACUCCAGGCAUUCUCCUCCCCUUCGAUCUCCUCCAGUGGCAUCUCCCGUUCCAAGAAGCUCAAGCUGGAGAGCAAUGCAUGGGACGUAAGCAGCCAAUCAAGUGAGAGUGGCUACUACCCACAGAGCCCUGGCCAAACCAAUGGAUCCUCACCCUCAGCUUCAGGGUUCAACUCGGGCUACGGCUCCUCUAGCCUGGUCUUUCCGCCCUCGGGGGGCUCCCGGGAUCAGACAGUGGUCCGUGCUGCAGACAGCACUGGAAGCGCCCCGGGACCUUCGUCUUCCUCCUCUUCCUCAUCCUCUUCCAGCCGGCGGGCGAAAGAUGGGGCCUCAGCCUCACGAUCCAGCGACGGCUAUCAGAAGCACAGCAGCAGCCUGAAGAGGAAGAGCGAGGAGGUUGACAGCAGCGACAGCGUCCAGAUCCUGGAAGAGCUCUCGGCUCCAGUUCUGUCUAACAGAGUGGCCGGAGGCGCCGGCACCACCACAGCACAGUCCAUUGCCCACUCCACCUCCACAACCAAGAGCAGCAACUCGCACAGCGAGGGAGACUACCAGCUGGUGCAGCAUGAAAUCCUCUGCUCUGUCUCCAACAGCUAUGAGGUGCUGGAGUUUCUCGGGCGUGGCACCUUUGGCCAAGUGGCCAAAUGCUGGAAGCGUGGCACUAACGAAAUAGUGGCCAUCAAGAUCCUCAAAAAUCACCCCUCCUAUGCGCGACAAGGGCAAAUCGAGGUGAGCAUCUUGAGCCGCCUGAGCACGGAGAAUGCUGACGAGUUUAACUUUGUGCGCUCUUAUGAGUGCUUCCAGCACAAGAACCACACGUGCCUGGUGUUUGAGAUGCUGGAGCAGAACCUGUACGACUUCCUGAAGCACAGCAAGUUCAGUCCACUGAUGCUGAAGUGCAUCCGCCCCGUGCUGCAGCAGGUGGCCACGGCACUCAUGAAGCUGAAGAGCCUGGGCCUGAUCCACGCUGACCUCAAGCCCGAGAACAUCAUGCUGGUGGACCCCAUCAGGCAGCCCUAUAGAGUCAAAGUCAUCGAUUUCGGCUCAGCCAGCCACGUUUCCAAAGCUGUGUGUUCUACUUACCUGCAGUCCAGAUACUACAGAGCUCCUGAGAUCAUCCUGGGUCUGCCGUUCUGUGAGGCUAUUGAUAUGUGGUCUCUGGGCUGUGUUAUUGCUGAACUGUUCCUGGGUUGGCCACUGUAUCCUGGAGCCUCAGAAUAUGAUCAGAUCCGAUACAUCUCCCAGACGCAGGGUCUUCCAGCAGAGUAUCUCCUGAGUGCAGGCACCAAAACCAGUCGCUUCUUCCACAGAGGCCCAGACGCCAGCUACCCACUAUGGAGACUCAAGACGCCUGCAGAGCAUGAAGCAGAGCUUGGCAUAAAGUCCAAAGAGGCUCGGAAAUACAUCUUCAACUGUCUUGAUGACAUGAUGCAGGUUGUGAAUAUGACUAAUCUGGAAGGUACAGACAUUUUGGCAGAGAAGGCUGACAGACGGGAGUUCAUCGACUUGCUGAAGAAGAUGCUCACACUAGAUGCAGACAAAAGGAUCACGCCAAUGAAGACCCUUAACCACCCGUUCGUGACGAUGACCCACCUUCUGCACUUUCCUCAUAGUGCACAUGUGAAGUCCUGCUUCCAGAACAUGGAGAUUUGCAAGCGCAGGUGCACCGCCUUCGACAAUAACAAGAGCCUUUUUAGCAGUAACAAUGGACCGAGUGCAGCCGCUAACCUCACUGUGACCUUCAGCAGUCAGCUCAGUCAACACAGUCAGCAGAUGGCGCCAUCUGGUGGUCAGUCUCUGUCUCUGAGCAGUAAUGUUCCUCUACUCAACUACCAACCGGGUCUGUACCAGCAGGCCACCAUCAACAUCCCAGGCCUUACACAGCAGAGUGUCCCGCUGCAGGCCCGUCCCACACAGCUCUGCCCCCAAACAGAACCAUUCCAGCAGACCCUCAUUGUCUGCCCCCCGACUAUACAAGCAGGGCUUCAGCCGUCCAAUAAACACUCGGCUUAUCCAGUGAGGAUGGACAAUUCUGUCCCUAUGGUCCCUCAAAACCAGUCCACCCAGUCCCUGCACAUCCAGCCGGGCAUGCUGACACAGGGCUCCUGCACGCCACUGAUGGUCGCUGCCCUGCACCCCCCCAUGGCAGGAGUGGCCCCGCUGUACCCGGUGCCCCUGGCACUGGGCUGCUCAUCCGGGAGAGGCGGGCAUCUGGAGCAGAGCAGCGCAGCCAUGCUGCAGGGCUGGCCUGCGGGCACACAGCAGAUCCUCAUCCCAUCUACAUGGCAGCAGAUGCCAGGCAUGGCUAUCCACGGCACCGGCCAGCCUGUUCUCACUGACUCUCCUAUGGGCUCUCUGCUGGCCGACAGCUCAGGCCAGUCAAGCACUAACUGGAGGGGAAGACAUGGCAGCCAGUGUGAGGUCACACAACAAGAUUCUGCACAAGGUUGCCACGUUACUGCACAUCCUCUCAACAUGGGCGCAGCCAGCAGCCGAGCACAGCAAAGCGGGGUCAAGAGGCCAAAAGGCCGUCAUGCAGAGAACAGAACCAGGCCCAUCUCCUCCGGGGUGCAGAACAGCGGUGAUCCGUCUCAACCCAUCGUCAUUUCAGACACACCCAGCCCGGCUGUGAGCAUCAUCACAAUCCCGAGCGACACAGAGGAUGAAGACGACACCAAGGUCCCACCCACCAGUUGCAGUGUGAACCAGCGGGCGAAUGUAAUCAGCUGUGUGACGGUCCACGACUCGCAGGACUCAGACUCGUCCACCUGUAGCCCCCUCAGUCCCAAGCGCCUGCCCAACUUUGUCGAAAGCAGCAGUCACCUGUCCAAGUCACUCGCUGUGGUCUUGCCCUCGGUGAAGGCUCAGCCAUGGGAGGGGGCACCACCAGAGCAAAGCUCUGCUGCCUGUGGGAAAUCUAAGAAGAGUUCAGCUCUGCAGUCCAGUAAAUCAGCAGUGUCCAACAGUGAGAGGCAUCAGAGAGCACUAUCCUCAAAGUCUCAACCUCUCAACCUGAGCCAGGUGCAACAGUCCAUGAUGUCAUCGUCCCAUGACAAGUCAGGGGGUGGCUCCCUGCGGCGUCAACCCACCUACCCCCCAUCAGGCCCCUCUCACUCAUAUAGGCUGCACGAGACCUCUCUCUUUAGCUCCGCCCCCAAUUUGUACGCUUACCCUGCCUCUGCUGCGCUGGCCUCCGUCUCGCAGGCUGUGGACCAGCUGCACAACUCAGCCGCCUCGUCCUCCUCCUCGUCCUCCUCCUCCAGUCGUCAUGCUCGUGCCACUGGCCCCUACUCCACCUCUCUCAGCCUGCUGCAGAAGAGCAAUGCCAUGGGCCUGAUGGGCCAGGCAUCCGGUCAUUAUCAGCAGCCACCUCAGCAGCAGCUCCCUGGCCAGCCGUACCAGCGGCCAGCAGCUUACCCACUCAGCCAGCGGAAACUCAACCAGUACCCUUACCUCUGAAGCCCACUCACUGAGAGAGAGGUAUGAGGUCCACAUACUGGUGGAAGAGAGGAGAUUUGGACAUGGAAAAUAUACUUGAUUAUGGAACCUGAUUAUUAUAGGUUUUUUUAGCAUACUUUUAACAAUGUAUUUGUUUUUAAAUGAUGACAUUUAAUUUAAGAUCAUUGGUUCCCAACAGUGUCCUGGAGCACCCCAGCCUUGCACAUUUAGUGUAUUACAAUAGUAAUGAUAAUAAAAAUAAUGUUUAGAAUUUAAUUCAGUUAUAGAACUGAAAGUGUUUCUUGCUCUAACACACCUGAUCCAACCAAUAAGCUAAUUAAUAAGGAUGGACGAAUAAACACCAUUAUUAUUAAACACCAUCGAUUUUAGGCAUGUAGUUCAGAAUUUACUACAGUCACACUUACACAAAAUGUGGCUAUUUCUGCAGUUCUUUGUGCUCUUUUCUGUUAAUAAUGCAGUUUCUGACGCGUCAGUCGCACUUUAUCGUUACUUUGAUUAAACAAAUCAGUAAUAAGCACUUACCAUUUCAGAUUCUGUCCUAAUGAGCUGACAUACUUGUUUGAAAAAAAGGAAAAGACGCCUCAAGCAUAUUUUAAGCCGUGAACACAGUAAUACUUUAUGUAGUGAAAUCACAGUGGCGCACAGAAAGCUCCAGUUCUACAUGCUGAACUUGAUCACAUGAUUUUACUGUUGUCAACGGGGACGUGCACGUGUCGUUACUCCUCUGGUGGUAGAUUUAAACGAGUGGCUUUCAUUUUGGGGGCCUCGUGCUGGGUCCAUCAGGUUCAUGUGGUCAAAAAGAAAUAAAUUGUUUAUUAUAUAAAUACUGUUUCUGGUGUGCAAAGAGGUAAUGUUGCAUCUCAUAUCAAGCAAAACCACAAGAUCUAAACAGAGCUAGAUGUUAAAAAAAUGGGGGAAAAAAGAUGUCAAAUUGUGUGAUGUAGGAUUGUCAGAUCAGAAUUUAAUCAGAUUGCAUUAGCAGCUGUUUGAAAUGAUGCGGUGAGACUUCAUGCCAGUUCAAAGACGUACGAGUUGGUCUUCACCCUCUCAGCUUAGUGGUAUAAAGUCAUAAGGGGUGAUCUGGCUAGCAAGAUGGAACAUCUGAACAGCAAAAAUGGUCAAAGUGCCCAGCCCUACUAGUUGACGUGGGUAUUUUAGAGCAGUGAAAACACUGAUGUGCUGGGCGAGGGUACUGCUGACCCCAAGCUAUGUCGCAAGACAUGAUCUUGUAAUGAUAAUACACCUCUGGGGUCAACUUGUUUAACUGUUGUAAUGAAAUCUGCCUCAGACGCGGGUACCUACCCUCUAAAACCCUAAAAAAUAUUUCUGGGAAUACAGAAACAUUUCUGAGGGAGGGGGACCCAUUACCCACCUUUAGCAGGUAACAGAAAUUCUAGUCUGCUAUUCUGCCCAUUUCACUAAAUUUCAGCUAUUAUUUUGUAAAUGAAUGUUUCGGGUUUGUUUAGCCAGCUGGAAGGUUUUUCUGCUGUUGCUGCUCUGAGGGCGAAGUGACAUGAGACUUAUGGCUGACGGGAACUGCAACACUGUGCAUCCCAUUGACUUGAAUAGACACGCACUAUGUUGGUUUACCUUAUAUACCAUCUUUGCCUAAAUUCCUGUAGUCCGUUUGGGGUACAGUCAAUAGCUGAAGCAAGGCAAGCUAAUUACAGAACCACUGUCCUUGGCUGAUGGAAGAACUAACAACAGUGUUUAUUAUGUUAGAAGUUUACCGCAGGUAAUGUGUCCUCCAGCAAUGACAAGCAUCAUUUGUUCCCCUAAUAAAUCUACACUCCCACCCGCAUUUAGCCCAAAAUUGCUCAAAGUUGUCCCCAGACAUUCUUGUUACAAGACUAGGUCCACGGUUGGGAAACUUUAACUCUUCUAAGUUCUAAAUCUUUGUUGAGUCUAACGUGCAGUUGAUGUGUGUCGAACAUCUGGCUGUUUACAUUUGUCGUUCUCUACAUUUUAUGGAAGGUGUGACUGUAUAAACAGUAAUAAUUAUUGUUGUUUUGCGCUCUUAGUGGCAGUAGGUGUUCAAAACACACACUCGCAUCUAAUAUCCUCACACUGUUGUUGAACACCUGUAGGAUAUGGGUUUUAUUUAACAAAAGAAUUGCGCUUUCUUUUAACUGCCUUCGUCUGUGUAUUCGUUGUUUUCUAUGGCUUUUAUUUUCAAGUGCCCUUGGCUAUAUUAGCUCUCACGUUUUAAUGUAUAUUCUGUGUAUUUCAUUAACUUAUGUUGCUUUUCUAGUGCCAGACUUAAAGUCUAGCUUUGUUAAUGGAUAUUAUUGUGCAGACAAUUGCAUGUUGUUUAUGUAGAGUCAUAGGCGCUACAUAGUAAAAUGUUUUAGGCUGUGUCAGCAAAAAUGAGUAAAUAAGAGAGAAAAUGCGUUGAAAACAUAAAUAUGAGAAAAGCAUCUGAUAACAUGGAGGCUGAUGUUGUGUAGAGUGAUGGAAUAUGUGAACUCGUUCAGUGUGUGCAGUGGAAGUAGCACACAUUGUCAAUAAUACAGUAGCUCGUUUAGAUAGCACUUAAAAAGAAUGGUUACCGUGGAUGUUUACGCUAAAACGAACCUGUGCCUAGUAUGAUGUCAACCACCGUAUGUGUGCUGUGCUGAAUUAGAUUUUUUUGUUGUUGUUUUUGUUCUGCCUGGGAUGCAGAUGUAGGCCAGCUGUUCAUAAAGCCUUGUAGGAGUUUAUAUCUGAUCUAAGUAGCACUUUCCCGAAGAGCAGCAUUUGUGCGGCUAUGUUAGCCUUUCAUGAUAACUGACAAAUCUUUAUAAAGGCUUAUUCCAGCAAGCACCAGUACUAAGACAGGCCAUUUUUAAUGGUGUUUCAACAGGCCAACAAGCCCAUGUUGGAAUAACUCUAGAUACACAUCUAUAGAGGUUUAUGUCACUUGUUAAGAGAGCCUUAUGUAGGUGUUGUAAAGCCUUACGAAAGCUGCCCGUCAGUAAGUGCUACCCUGAUCUCAGAUCAGUGCUUCUGCUCUUUGCAGCCUUUCUGGACGCAGGCCCAGCUACAUGUUGGUCUUUUUUUGUUUGUUUUCAGAUGAAUUCAGAUCGGUGCAAUUAUGGCUGUUUCUACUAUUCUAUCACAAUGUGAAAGUGGAGUAUAAAAGUAGAUCAAAUUACAGUAACUCUCCAUAAAUAUACAUAUUGUAUAUGCACAAUAAAAGUUUUCAGUGUACAUUG